UUUUUGUUUGUUUUCAAAGCCAAGCCCAAGGUGCAUGGACUUCACUCAUGCACGAGCUCAUCCUUGUCUGUUGUAGCUAGCUACAGCCAUGAAAUAGAUGAUGUCUUGUAGCAUUCAAACGUUUGUGUUUCGUAUCACUGCCCUGGCUCGGCCUCCUGUCGACAUGUCGUGGAGAGUGAGCGUAUUGUAAUGAUAUUGCUGUAGUACCAUACCCCAUUGCUUCGUCAUGGAGAUAGAACCAUCGCCGGAGCAGCGACUAAGAGAGCUGCACCAGAAAGUGCAAACAGCGAGAGCAGAGAGAAACAAAUCUUUUGAUAUAAAGGGUUUGGAGAAACCAGAUGCUCUCCAGUUGCGAAUGAAGAGCAGGAGAUGCUUGCACGUGUGUGACUCGAAAUUGCUGCAUUUGGACUGGAAUGUGGACAGGCGACGUCUGGCUAUAUGUACAGAGAAAGGUGAAGUGCACUGCUGGAAUGCCCUCACGACAGAGAAGGUUAUCAUUCCUGACUUUCAUUUGACAAGAGAAUGGGCGUUGUGCUGUGCCUUCUCCGCCAAUGGUCAGGAUAUAGUGGCAGGUGGUCGUGACAACAAGUGCACCCUCUUCUCGCUGACGUCACCCAUCCAGCAAGUCGUUGCACGGCACAACGACUUUGUGUCCUCGUGUAUAUUUGCGUGUUCACAGCAAGAGCUGUUGACAGGUAGUGGUGAUACAACGUGCGCUCUUUGGGAUGUGGAAACUAGUGACUUGAUAAGAUCGUUCCAAGGUCAUAGUGCUGAAGUGAUGAGCCUCGCCAUGGUUCCAUCCUUGUCGUCAACAGUUUUCCUGUCUUCUGGUUAUGAUGGUACAGUACGUGUGUGGGAUACGCGUACCGCUAAGCUCUCGCAGCAUUUCAAGGAUCUCAACUCUGCUGUCAACUGCAUCAGCUUGACAAGCAGCGGUGAAACGUUUGCUGUUGCAUGCCAAGACUGCACGGUGAGACUGUUUGACCUACGAGCCGACGCCGAACUGGCUCGUUUCGAUGACAAGUCCAUGUUGUUUCCGUGUAACUCGCUCAGCUUCUCGUUCAGCAGUCGUCUUCUGUUCGGUGCAUCUAAUGACUACACAGUCAAUGUAUUUGAUACACUGCGAUUUGAGCGCAGUACACAGCUGUUUGGACAUGACAAUCGUGUCUCAUGCAUACGCACAUGCCCGGACGGCUCAUCUGUGGCGACGGCUAGCUAUGACGGCAACAUUCGGAUAUGGGCAUAGCCAGGCCGACGUUCACCUCCUUACCUGAAGAGAUCAACCGCACACCACUGCUCAUCACUCUCCCGGUAAUCACUGUUCUCAUGCUGAUGUUUGUAGCACUACUCCAGCUUUGUGCACGGGUGGCUUGCCAACUUGCCACCGUGUAAUGCUAUCUACUGUUGGUGUACUGGUGACAUCAAACUAGCUGGGUAUGACAUCAUCCAGUGAUAUCAUGUUAGCCGGGUGUGACAUCACCCAUCUAUAGUAUGAUGUCACUGUAUGAGCAAGCUGGACAUAGCAACCCUUAUGGUGUCUAGUGCGCACUGCUACUGCUCCGAAUGCACCGUCUGUCCAGUGGUUUGUUAUAAUUGAUGUCAUCAUGUUGCGAGUAUGACAUCAUUAUGGUGCGGCAGCCACCUUGAAUCGUGCUGAUGCUAUGAGCGGGAAACUCAGCGCACGUGCGCAGCCAGCAUUAUUAUCCCUAUACAUGAUGGCCACACUCUGCACCCGCACCUUGGUAGUGCAGUUGGGAGUGCGUCACUGUCGUCGUUGUUGUAGAGUUCGGCCACAUAGCAGUAUUGUUGGCAUCAUGCAUUCUCUAAACACACCCACACCCACAUAGGUGUGUGUUGAACUUGAGACUCGGCUGUCAUAUCGCUCAACUGGACGCCGACAGCUACACUGCACAUGCUCACAGUGUGCUCGCUUGAACCUGUGCAUCCGCAUGUAAGAUAUGCAUGAACGCUGUGCUGUGGUCAUGGAUGACAGUCCUGGCUGGUGUGGCUCAGUGUGCAGUAGUACAUUACACUUCUCUGCACUCCAGUGCAGUGUACACGCCUUGCAGCUGUGUCCGCUAAUCACCGCCAGCACCCUCACUCCCGCCACCCUUUGCUUACAAUGUGGUACGCGAGUACUAUUCUAAGCCACUUGAUGAUCCUUCUUCGCCUCCUUUGAAGUGCCCUUUUGGCUGUCCACUACACAGACUGCAUCUGGACUCUCAGAGCCGUGGAUAUUUGCUUCAUACGGUCACACCUUGAUGCUUUUGAACUCUUGACCACCUCUCUCCCUUUCCUGUUUGGCACGGUUUUUAUGCUCUCGCCAUCCCUUGUACUCAACGCUAGAUAUAUAUAUAUAUGUGUACUCGGUAAUAUAACUAGACACGAUAGGUUCUUAGGGUGUGCUGUCUUGUUUAUGCAGGUGGAUAUUUUCGAAAGAGUUUUCUGUGUGUGUGUGUGUGUGUGUGUGUGUGUGUGUUUUACAUGCUUUGUGUCUUUGAUUACUCCCGCUGAGCGAGUUGUUCAACGGUUGUCUUCGCUGUUGCUGUUGUUGUCUUCGUCGCCCUCAUCAUUGUCGUUGCUGUUGUUGCAUUGGGACAAACCCGAGCUGCCCGUUGUCUGCUGAACUUCCGAAUCUGUUUGUACUCGAAGCAUUUGUUUACUUUCUUUGUCGUCUGUGCGAACAGUGUCAUUAUUUUAUUUUCAAUAUCAUCUGCGCUUAGAGUAGAGCUUGUCUUCCUUCCCUGUGCCUUUCUUGUCUUUUUGAGCAUCUACAAUGUAGUCUCACUCACCGAA